GAGCAAUUCAAGAUUACGUUACGAGUUCCGAGUAGUAAUGGGGAAGAAACAUCUGAACCCAACGCAGAAACUGAAUCUCAGCUAUCACCUUCCAUAGCUACCGAUCACAAUACAUCAAAAUCUUUGGGGAAAAAAGGAAAACGGAAAAAUGGGUACGCUGAAAUUACCAGAAGUGAUUCCUUCUCCAACAGAGGACUGCGAAAGAAUCAUGAAAGCAUUUAAAGGACUGGGAACUGAUGAGAAAGAAAUCAUAAGGGUUUUGGGGCAUAGAAAUGCAAGCCAACGGAAGAAGAUAAGAGAAACUUAUCAACAGCUUUACGACAAAUCCCUGAUUGAUGAUCUCCAUUCCGAGUUAUCUGGUGAUUUCAUGGUACAGCAUUCCUUUUUAAAAGAUGAAGAUGAGGAAAUAUUGGAAGAGGAUUAGCAUCUUGACUGCGGAUUAAAAAUGCUUGUUAUAAGUUAAUUUAUUAAGAUUUAAGAGCUUGCUAUUCUUCAUAUUUUCUGCGCAUCUUGAGUUCACUUUAUGUUGAAUGGCAGAAAGCUGUAGUUCUAUGGACAUAUGACCCUCCUGAAAGAGAUGCACGGCUUGCAAAUAAGGCAUUAAAGUCAAGGAAGGAAAGCGUAGGAGAAUUACAAAUAAUUGUUGAGAUAGCAUGUGCAUCAUCUUCUGACCAUCUGGUUGCUGUGAGGCGAGCAUACUGCUCUCUUUUUGACUGCUCUCUCGAAGAAGACAUCAUAGCAAACAUCUCUAUGCCCUUAAAGAAGGUUCUGGUUGGUUUGGUAAGUUCCUACAGGUAUGACAAAAAGGUAGUGGAUACAACCAUCGCCAACCUAGAGGCUGCUAAGCUUCAUGAAGCCAUCCAAACGCGACAACUGCACAGUGAUGAUGUAAUAUAUAUUCUCAGUACUAGGAAUCUUGGUCAGCUAAGGGCAUCUUUUGAGCGCUACAAACAAGACUAUGGAUAUUCUAUUGAUCAGCAUAUCACAAGUUGUGGCAAAGGCCUUUUGGAAUCUAUCAUGAAGGUAGUCAUCUUGUGCAUUGACUCCCCAGAGAAACAUUUUGCUGAGGUUGUGAGAACCUCGGUCAUUGGGCUUGGAACUGAUGAGGAUGCUCUAACUAGAGCGAUUGUAACUCGGGCUGAAAUUGAUAUGUUGAAAGUUAGAGGAGAAUAUAACAAGAUGAACUCCUCCAGUCUGGAUCAAGCAGUUGCAGAUGACACAUCAGGCGAUUACAGAGAUUUUUUGAUGACUCUCCUUGGGCUUGGAAUCUAGUUUUCUGCAACCCAACUUACCAUUCCCUAUGCUUUCUUCCCUUUGCAGAUGGUAGUGUUUUUAAAAAAUAUGGAUGCUAGUUGAUUCUCAUAUAUCUCUUUUACUUUACUCAUUUCGUAAUGCAUCACAACAUUUUAUUGUUUCAAAAUACAUACAGCCCAGAGAAUAUUCUUUACGAAUAUUCUCCCAAAUGAAUGAAUAAGUAAGCCUCCUUAAAC